AUUCUCAACCAAGUCAUGAACAAAGAAAAAGAGAGAGAAAGUUCCAUUUCCAUGUUGAAAAGUCUAAUAUUGUUAGCCACCAUAUUGGUCAAACUGGGAUGGCAUAAUAUUUUUUCAACCUGUAACUCAAUCAAACAUUAACAAGUCUUAAGUUCUUGUUUCAUUUUUCAAACUCACUUUCAUUUAUAAGCACAUAUCUUUCAUCUUUUCAAGAGAAAAUCAAUCUUUUACAAACAUCAUUCUUGUACAGCUAAGAAAACAGAAACAAAACACAAAACACAAUUCUUUUGUUGUUUGUAUAAAGCAAAAGUUAGUUUUUAGUUGGUUGGUUUGUUUUUUUAUUUGUUCUUAUUAUUCUUAUUCUUAUUCUUUACCAUUUCAUUGGUUUGCUUCAAUCUCAGCGCUUUCAUUGUGAACAAGUUUUGUCCACAACUUUUAGAUUUGAUUCAAAGGGUCAUUGAAAAUUUGAAAGUUUAGUUGAAUUUUGAAGAUAUGACUGGUGGAAGAAGAAGGAGACAUCACUUUAGUAAGAUCCAUGCAUUUUCAUGUGGUAAAGCAUCAAUGAAACAAGAUGAACAUUCACUUAUAGGAGGACCUGGAUUUUCAAGAAAAGUUUAUUGCAAUGAUGCAGAACGUGCUAUGUCUAGUCUUUAUACAUAUGGUGAUAAUUAUGUUAGAACUACUAAGUAUACAGUUGCUACUUUUCUACCUAAGUCUUUGUUUGAACAAUUCAGAAGGGUUGCCAACUUUUACUUCUUAGUUGUUGCAAUUUUGUCUUUCUUCCCUAUUGCUCCUUAUUCUGCUGUUAGCAAUGUUAUUCCUCUUCUUGUUGUGGUUGCUGCUACUAUGGCCAAAGAAUUCAUUGAAGAUUUUCAAAGAAAAAAACAGGAUAUAGAGAUGAAUAACAGAAAAGUGAAAGUACAUAGUGGAGAUGGUGUUUUUAACCAAUCUAAAUGGAGGGAUUUGAAAGUUGGAGACAUAGUGAAAGUGGAAAAAGAUGAGUAUUUUCCUGCUGAUCUCAUAUUACUUUCAUCAAACUAUGAAGAAGCAAUUUGCUAUGUCGAUACGAUGAAUCUCGACGGAGAAACAAAUCUUAAACUAAAACAAGCACUGGAAGGAACUUCAAAUUUGCAAGAAGACUCGAGCUUUCAAAAUUUCAAGGCUGUCAUAAGAUGCGAAGAUCCAAACGCAAAUUUGUAUGCCUUUGUAGGAAGUUUAGAGCUUGGAGAUGAUCAACAAUAUCCACUUGCACCUCAGCAGCUACUUCUUAGAGACUCUAAGCUGAAGAACACAGAUUUUAUCUAUGGUGUUGUGAUCUUUACCGGUCACGAUACAAAGGUUAUGCAGAAUUCAACGGAUCCUCCAUCCAAGAGAAGCAAGAUUGAGAAAAGAAUGGAUAGGAUUAUAUACUGUUUGUUCUUUUUAUUAAUUUUGGUUUCAUUCAUCGGUUCAAUUUUCUUUGGUAUUUGGACGAAGCAGGAUAUUAAAAAUGGAAGAAUGAAGAGAUGGUACCUUAUGCCUGAACAUACUGAAGUUUACUAUGAUCCUGAUGAAGCAGUACUUGCAGCCAUUCUGCAUUUCUUGACAGCAUUGAUGUUGUAUGGUUACUUUAUUCCGAUUUCGUUGUAUGUUUCCAUUGAAGUUGUGAAGGUUCUUCAAAGCAUUUUCAUCAACCAAGAUUUGAACAUGUAUCAUGAGGAAACUGAUAAGCCAGCGCAUGCUCGUACAUCGAAUUUGAACGAAGAACUUGGUCAAGUUGAUACCAUACUUUCUGAUAAAACAGGAACAUUGACUUGCAAUUCUAUGGAAUUUAUCAAGUGUUCUAUUGGUGGUGUUGCUUAUGGAAGAGGUUUUACAGAAGUUGAGAGAGCUUUAUCAAAGAGAAAAGAUUCAUAUUUCGGCCGGAAAAUGAAAAAUGACCAAAAUGUUGCAAAGGCUGCUGAGACAAAAUCAAACAUUAAAGGAUUUAACUUUAUGGAUGAAAGGAUCAUGAAUGGAAACUGGGUGAGACAACCUAAUGCAAAUGUAAUACAGAACUUUCUGAAGGUUUUGGCUGUAUGUCAUACUGCAAUACCUGAAGUUGAUGAAGCAACUGGUAAAAUUUCAUACGAAGCUGAAUCACCGGAUGAGGCUGCUUUUGUGGUUGCAGCCAGAGAAUUUGGAUUUGAAUUUUACGAAAGGUCACAUGCAGCUAUUUCACUUCAUGAAUUGGACCUUCAAUCAAACAUGAAAUUAGAAAGGUCCUACAACCUUUUAAAUGUAUUAGAGUUUAGUAGUGCACGAAAGAGAAUGUCCGUAAUCGUAAGAGACCACAAGGGGAAACUACUGCUACUUAGCAAAGGUGCUGACAGUGUCAUGUUUGAACUACUUGGAAAAAAUGGAAGGGAGUUUGAAGAGCAGACUAAGUAUCACAUUAAUGAAUAUGCUGAUUCUGGUUUGAGGACUUUGAUACUCGCCUAUCGUGAACUCGAUGAGCAAGAGUACAAUCAGUUUAAUAAAGAGUUGACAGAUGCUAAAAACUUAGUGAGUGCAGAUCAAGAGCAGAUUGUAGAGGACAUAUUGCAAAACAUUGAGAAGGAUUUGAUUCUUCUUGGUGCUACCGCAGUUGAAGAUAAACUACAAGAUGGGGUUCCUGAAUGCAUUGACAAACUAGCACAGGCUGGGAUUAAGUUAUGGGUAUUGACCGGCGAUAAAAUGGAGACAGCAAUUAAUAUUGGAUUUGCUUGUAGUUUGCUUAGACAAGGAAUGAAACAAAUUAUCAUUAAUUCAGAUACUCCUGAAAUCAAAACAUUGGAGAAAAUGGAGGACAAGUCUGCUUCUGAAGCGGCAAUUAAGGCAAGUGUUGUUCAACAAAUAACGGAGGCAAAGAAGUUACUUUCAAAAUCAGAUGACAACUCUGAGGCAUUAGCUCUGAUCAUUGAUGGGAAGUCUCUUGCUUAUGCGCUAGAAGACGAUGUAAAGAACGUGUUUCUUGAACUUGCGAUUGGUUGCGCAUCUGUUAUAUGUUGUCGUUCGUCUCCAAAACAAAAAGCACUUGUUACUAGACUGGUUAAGAUGAGACCUGGUAGUACAACUCUAGCUAUUGGAGAUGGUGCAAAUGAUGUUGGUAUGCUCCAAGAAGCUGAUAUUGGAAUCGGUAUCAGUGGUGUGGAAGGAAUGCAGGCAGUUAUGUCAAGUGAUAUCGCCAUUGCUCAGUUUAGAUAUCUCGAACGCUUACUUCUUGUGCAUGGACAUUGGUGUUACAGAAGGAUCUCAUCAAUGAUCUGCUACUUCUUUUACAAGAAUAUCACCUUUGGCUUCACUUUGUUCUUCUAUGAGAUCUAUACCGCAUUCUCAGGCCAGGCUGCAUACAAUGACUGGUUCAUGUCAUUUUAUAAUGUAUUCUUCACUUCACUUCCUGUUAUUGCUUUGGGAGUUUUUGACCAAGAUGUCUCCUCCAAAUUAUGUCUCAAGUUUCCACUACUAUAUCAAGAAGGUGUACAAAAUUUACUCUUCAGCUGGAAAAGAAUAAUUGGUUGGGCAUUGAACGGAGUAGCAAGUUCCACAAUUAUCUUCUUCUUCUGCAUUCGUGCGAUGGAGCAUCAAGCAUUUCGUGAAGGUGGCCAAGUUGUUGACUUUCAAGUUCUUGGUGCCACAGUGUACACAUGUGUUGUGUGGGUGGUGAAUUGCCAAAUGGCAUUAUCAAUCACUUACUUUACAUACAUACAACAUUUAUUCAUAUGGGGAAGCAUUGUAAUGUGGUACAUUUUCCUCAUGGCAUAUGGAGCCAUAGAUUCUUCUAUAUCAACAACUGCAUAUAAGGUCUUCACUGAAGCAUGUGCACCAUCACCAUCUUAUUGGAUUCUUACUUUGCUUGUCCUUGUUGCUGCAUUGCUUCCGUAUUUCGCAUAUUCUACCAUUCAAGUGCGGUUCUUCCCGGUGUAUCAUCAAAUGGUACAAUGGAUAAGAAAGGAUGGACAAGUAAAUGAUCCUGAAUUUUGUGAUAUGGUAAGACAAAGAUCGAUUCGUCAUACAACGGUUGGAUUCACUGCUCGUUUAGAAGCUUCUAGACGUUUUGAAGCGUCUAGACGUUCAGAGAUAUCUUUAGUACCUGUGGAUGGGAAGCCUGCAGAGAAUCAAUAACCAAAUACGAAUUUUGUUUUUUUAUUUGUUGGAGGUGUACAUUCUUUUCAUAGGUUACAAACGUUCUUUCAUUUGUACAUAAGUAAGUGAGGAUUAUUCUUUGAAAGAAGCAAAUUGAGGCAAUCCGUCUCUUGUAUUUUGUUCAGAAGAUUAUAAUAAAAUUUUGAUAUAUUAUACAUUUUGAUUCA